AUGGCAGCUCAAGAGCGAGUAGGCACAUCGAUACAGGCUUCAGAAGCUGGGCCAGAUCUACCGAAAAAUGCAUUUCGUCUGGCGCAAACGACCCAGCUCGAUGCAUUGCUCACUAUCGUGCGAGACCAAAGGACGAGCCGAGGCGACUUUAUCUUCUACUGUGACAGGAUUUUCCGUCUGCUCGUCGAAGAGGGACUCAAUCACCUGCCUGUAAUCGAAAAGCAAGUCACCACGCCGACCGGUCAGACUUACAAUGGUGUCGGCUUCCAAGGCGCCAUUUGUGGCGUGUCCAUCAUGCGCGCAGGUGAAGCGAUGGAGCAAGGCUUGCGUGAAUGCGCAAGAUCAGUGCGGAUUGGCAAGAUCUUGAUACAACGGGACGAGGAGACGGCGCUACCCAAGCUCUUCUAUGCAAAGCUACCAGAAGAUAUCUCAGAGCGCUACGUGCUCUUGCUCGACCCCAUGCUGGCGACGGGUGGAUCUGCAAUCAAGGCCAUCGAGACGCUGCUCGAGUACAAAGUAGCAGAAGAGAGGAUCCUCUUCCUCAACAUGCUCUCGUCGCCCGAAGGUCUGCGGAAAGUCUGCGAGGCCUUUCCCAAAGCUCGCGUCAUUACGGGCUGGAUCGACCGCGGGCUCGACGAAAAGUCGUACAUCGUGCCCGGCAUCGGUGGUGAGUCGCUUCUUUCGUUCAAUCUCACCAAUACUGAAGAGGAAUUGUCAGACGCGGGCGACCGCUAUUUCACCUAGCAGACAUCUCAUGGCUGUUGUUGUA